UCGAAAAAAAGUAGCCCGUGUUGUUUGGUAGGAGGGGUCGACAGCAGCCUUGCAUUUCUUGGGGAAACAAGAAACGGCUUUAACACCGAGUCACUGCUGCUUCUUCACGGCGCCUCAGGUUCUCUUCAGAGCGACAACAUGGAGCACGCUGGCCUGACAGAGCUGAUCUUCCCAACGGCGUCGAGGAGCAGCUUAUGAGGGGUGGGCGUUUUAGCUACCUGUGAGGAGAACGACAACUGAAAUUGUAACGGGAUAAAACUUUUUUCGCUAAUUUUGGACGUUUCUGUCUUUUCUGUGAGGAAACGAGCAACAGGUUUCUAACAAAAAGCUGUCAAACAUUUACCUCAGAAUGCUUCGCCGAUCCGCCGCGCGCGCUUUCUGAGCUUUUUGGGCUUUUUGAGCUUUUUGAGCUGUGUGAUGAUAAAGUAACCGCCGUUAUUACUUUCACUGGGCUGCUUUACGGAGGAGGAGAAGGGAACAAACAAAGAUGAGAACUGGCAGAUUUUUCCUUUUUUCGCUCGUUUUCUUGGCGGGGCACUUUAUCUUGGCCUGCGCUCAGGUGAAGGACUCGAGCCAAAGAGCCGAGGCUGAGCGGGACAGGUUCAUCCAGCGCAGCGCCAACAUGUCUGCGCCUCGACGGCCGCGGCUUCUGCCGCCCAUGUGCACGGGCCCCACGGAGAUCAGAGACACCUUCAAGUACAUCAACACGGUGGUCUCAUGCCUGGUGUUCGUGGUGGGCAUCAUCGGCAACUCCACCCUGCUUAGGAUCAUAUACAAAAAUAAGUGCAUGCGUAACGGGCCCAACAUCCUCAUCGCCAGUCUGGCUUUGGGGGACCUGCUGCACAUCGUCAUAGAUAUUCCCAUCAACGUGUACAAGCUUCUGGCUGAAGACUGGCCUUUUGGCGUUGGACUCUGUAAACUGGUACCUUUUGUUCAGAAGGCAUCAGUUGGCAUCACAGUGUUGAGUUUAUGUGCCUUAAGCAUAGACAGGUACCGCGCAGUAGCAUCCUGGAACCGCAUUAAAGGUAUUGGAGUGCCUAAGUGGACAGCCAUCGAGAUCACUCUGAUAUGGUUUCUCUCCAUUGUCCUGGCAGUGCCAGAGGCCAUUGCCUUUGAUAUGAUUGCUAUGGACUACAAAGGAGAGCACCUCAGGAUCUGUCUGCUGCAUCCAAUGCAAAAGAGCCAGUUCAUGCAGUUUUAUAAGUCAGCAAAAGACUGGUGGCUGUUCAGCUUUUACUUCUGUAUGCCGCUGGCCUGCACAGCCAUCUUCUACACCCUCAUGACUUGUGAAAUGCUGAGAAAGAAGAAUGGCGUCCAGAUUGCUCUGAAUGACCAUCUGAAACAGCGACGUGAGGUGGCCAAGACGGUGUUCUGUCUGGUAUUGGUCUUUGCCCUCUGCUGGUUGCCUCUGCACCUGAGCCGUAUCCUCAAACUGACCAUUUAUAAUGAGGAAGACCCCAACCGCUGUGAACUUCUGAGCUUCUUCCUUGUCCUCGACUACAUUGGGAUCAACAUGGCAUCAGUGAACUCAUGCAUCAACCCAAUUGCUUUAUACAUGGUCAGCAAGCGCUUCAAGAGCUGCUUCAGGUCUUGCCUGUGUUGCUGGUGCCUGCCUCCCGAGAUGCUAGCCAUGGACGACAAGCAGUCCUGCAUGAAGCUGAAAACGACGGAUCGAGGAUCAGAACAAAGCAACAGUCGAAUCUCUAACAAGUACACGUCCACUUAACUACUGGGCUGGGAACACUAGUUUUGUGAAACUAGCUUUAAACAGAAAUUUCCCAAACCCAGAUUGGGCCCAAGCCUAGACUAAAGAGAUCUUCAAUGAGGAUUCAUUAUUCGCAUUGCAGCUUAGUCCAAGACCAGGCUUAAUCCGUGACUGGAAAACUAGCCCUAACUUAGAAUUAUUUCAGGGUCUGGUCUGGCAUGAUACAGUACAUAAUUUGAGACAUUAUUGGGGUCUUUGUCGCAACUACUGGGCCACAAAAGAAGCUGGGUUCUCUAUACCUAGAUGGACACAACAGUAUUUGUUAGCAAUGGCUCAAAAUUCCCAUUCAUGGGAAUCGUGUGUCCUUCAACAUUCAUUGUGCAUUGUCAUCUGAAUGGAUCUAUGGGUCCUAGGGGUAUAAAAAUACAUCUGAAGGUGAUGAUUCAACUGCAUCUAUGGUUUAAUCAGAGACAGACUCUAAUAAUAUUCAAGUAUGCACUCGUUUUCUUUCAAAGGUAAAAAAUCCCAUCAUAGUAUAUUGUUUUUAUUGCUUAUUUUUCACUACGUAAAUAGUUUCUCCAGUUACAUUUAUGUAUUCUGUGUUUUUAAAAAAAUCCAAAUUGUACUGUAAUUGUAUAAAAUCGAAUUAUGGUGAAAUUUGAGAUUUAUGAUGCGUUGAAUCGUUUCCUAAAAAAUCGAACUGAAUUCUUGUGAGGUCAAAGAUUUACACCCUUUUGGUUCCAGUAUAGACUUGGUGGCCAAGUAUGUAGUUUUCCUUUUGGCUUGCUUGGUGGAAUUCUUUUCCACUAGACAGAUCUAGUGAGAUGCUAGACCAUUUCUUUGUGCGUUGAAAGUUAUAAAUGAAUGCUAGCAUGUAUUACGCUUUGUAGUCUAUAUAAAGGCCAAAGAAAGAUUACUCAAAUGUACUGAUGUAAUUAUGUUAAACGUUCAACCGCACUUAAAGGCCUGGAACUACAAUGCCUGCUUUGUUCUGAAAUUGCUUAUCCAGAGACGACAUCUCUGUUGGAUAUUCCAAAGGUUUAGAGACAAUGGCCCUAUUUCUUCAGCUCCUUUAUCGCUACAUAACUAUAUUUACUGAGUUAGAAGAUUUCCCAGAACAUGACAGUUUCACUGAAGGGGGCUGAAUGUUGAACUGCAAAUUACAGAUGCUUGUAAAAUGUGUGCCAUGUGGAUUUUGAGGACUGUGGAAACUAUUGUUUCAAAACUGAUAUGACCCUUUCGAAUGGGUCAGAAGAGAGUGUGUGAUAUGUUCUGUCCUUCCAGUAAUGGAACUGCCUGCAGUACGGAAUAAUAUACAUUUUCCAAUGCAUUAAAAGCUCUUGUUUUAAUGUUUAAUCAAAUUAUGCUUAUUUGUGUGUCAUAAGGUCAUUAUAUUAGUUUGAAUGGAAAUACUUAAAACAUAUAAAAAUGCAGAAAUUCAUCUCACUGUUAUGUAAUAGUCAAAGCUGUAGGCUGGUAGGACCAAGAGCUUAUGAUAGUUGUGCCUUUUAUCUGCUUUGUAUCACAGUAUUAGUGGCUGACUCUGCUUCCUUCUUUAAUGCAGGGAUUUUCCAGAUGGUACCAUGUGUGCCUUGUCUAUAUUUUGAUAGCUUAGAGUUACUAAGAUAUGCCAUUACAUGCUGGCAAUAACUUUAUGAUCUGUGUGGUCGUAUGAUUUGUUAUAUAUCUUGAUAUUAGUAAUUGAAAGUCUUCAAUGUUACUCAAUUGAACUGUGAUUGUAACUCUUAUCUGUUGAAGGUCUUAGAGUUGAUGUACAUGUCAUACAUCAUCUAAAAACAAGCUGUUUUGUAUUUA